UUGUCAAUCGAGGUGUGGUAACCCUCUUCUUGAUUCAUACCCUGGAGCUGGGGUCUUUUUUUUUUUUUUUUUCUUCUCACCGGUAAAGAACAUCCAUCUCAAAAACAUACCUGGUUCGAAUAGGUCGAGCUCCGUUGGCAAUAUCAUUCGAUAAUAUUACUUGAUACCCAACCCCCACUCUGCUGGCGCAUCUUAGACAAGUCUUCCUCUACAAACAUUUUAUGCGUUAGCCCGCGUCAUAAUUCGACUAUCAAAAUAUCCACUUUGCUUAUAUCCAACGUUUUCGAACUUGGAAAUACGUGGUAUUGUGAACUGAAUCCUUUUUUCUUUCUAUCUAGAAGGGGAUCUCAAACCUACCAAUCACCAUGCCGAGCCUCUUCUCUCGAAUAAGGGGCAAGGAUGGCGCCAAAUCCAAGAAGAAUGGCAACUUGGCAGAUUUAACGGGUCAAUUAUCCAACAAGCCGCGCUGGGAAGAUGCGUAUACGCGAACGACGGUAGAACCCGAGGAGGUUCAGGAAUUAGUCAGGCGUUCCACAGAAGAGCUCAAGGCUAGAGCUCUCGAUCUUCCCUUUCUCCUUCUCCCAUUCCGACCAACUUCCGAUCCCAGCGCCGUGCGCACCUUCAUCCGCCACUUUUUCGAUGACGAGCACAACCUACGAGGCGAGGCCCUCGUGCAGGAGUUACGGAUGACCGAGCCUAUGGUCAUUUCGGGUGUCCUAAAAUGGGUAUGGAGCAGAUUGCCAGGUGGUGUUGUGGGCUGGGAUGCCUACGAGCUGUUCAGAGUCGGAGAGCAAGACUCGAAUAUGGCACGCGAUUCGUUCUCGACCUUCAUUCCGCUAAGUGUGGAAAACCAGGCACGGUCACAAAUCAUAUUCGAUUACUUUGAUUUACUCUCGGCCAUCGCGGCUCAUGGCAAAUCAAAUGGUUUCGGUGGCCGUAAACUGUCUCGCAUGGCAGCUUGGUGGGCGUUCGAACACAAGGACACCGGCAACGGCUUCGAUGGAGGAUAUAAGGCAUGGCUAAGCGCCGCGGAUGCGACGAGCCAUAUGUUCUUUGCCUAUCUUAGAUCUUUAUCACCCCAACAGGCCCGUGCAGGUAUCUCCAUGCUCCCCAUGUCCCUGCAAAAGUUGCUGCAGGAAACCGAGUAUCCCCCACAGGCCCCAUCGUUGUUGAUGUCGUCAACAUACAGGGUGGUCAUGAUUGUUGAGACCGUGUCUCCAACACCGUUUGCGCUCUUGCGUCGUGCUAAUCACUUCCAAUACCGCGAUGAGGACCAAGCUCUUCGAGAGUUUUCCGAGUAUGAGGAUCCUGUGAAGGCGUUAACCGAGGAGUGCCGCAGAGUUCUUAAGGCGAUAUCUCUUGCGAAUCAAUCUCAAGUGUCCAAUUCAAAGCAUUCUACUGGUUUACGAGAUGCGUCGUGGUCGCGAUUUGAAGAUAUCGGCUUUGGUAGCGCUCUAGAGGAAGACGAGGAAGAAGACGAUUCUCUUAAGCUCAGUCAAGCCCGAAAUCCUCGUGGAUUACGAACUACCCCCGCAUCGGGCGCAAACCUUGGCAGGCCAACUACCCCUUCCUGGGCAGACUUCCUAUCUUCCGGAUUUGUCGAUGAUGCGCCAAACAGCCCCUCGAAUCUCUUACUGCCUCCGGAUAAGAUUCUACCGCCUAUUGAAACUACUGUUAGACAGCGUAGCUCCCAAUCACAUCGUCCACGAUUGGAGAGCGACUAUCAACUAGAGCCUGGUGAAUUAGCUAGUAUUAGUCGGUUCGACCUGGACGAGGCGUUCUGGUGGGUAUGGAUGAGCAGCUUGGCGCCCGAAGAGACAGCAGAACGCAAAUCCGCAUUCGGAAGAUGUUCUAUCAUUGAGACAAUUAUCCGUCAUGGCCGGUGGCUUGUGAUGGAGGAGAUGGUCAAAGGAGCAGCCCCGGAACCUGAUGCCGGCGCAUAUAUUGCGGAGAAGAAAGGUCUGUUCAGCUGGACGAGACGUGGCAAAGGAGUCUCUCGAAGCAAGUCAGCCGCCAAGUCAGGUGGCGACAAGAAUGACCGUGUGAACCCUGGCGGUGGUGCGGGCAUGAGCAAAACUAGCAUCGGACCUGAUCAACAGGCCAAGAUUCAGGCGGCUGCGCAAAAGUUGCAAGCCAAGCAGCUCCAGGAGCAGCAACCUGGACCUAAAUUAGAACGACGUGGGCGUACAGAUACUGAGGUGAUGAGAGAGAAAACUCAAAGCAUCCUUACUCUGCAACCGGGUGUUAUAAAUGCGGCAUCGCCGGCCAUGAAGUGGGCUAGCAAGUAUGAUAAGGAAACCAUUCGUGCAGCCUAUCUCGGCAACUCAUUCGCGGGACGAGGCGUAUCACAGACCUCACUUCAGAUGCCUACCUAUCCACCUGGGACAACUGAAACUACUACAAAUGGCGGUAGCCCCCCAGCGGAUAUCCAGGAGCAGCAGCCAUCGUCUCCUGUCGCGGUGCAGCCGCAACCUGAACCUGAACCUGAGCCAGAGCCAAAAACCCCAGUAACACGCAAGCCGGCACCAGUUUCAGAGAAACUUGCGACUCCGCAACCAAUUCACCCUGCUCAGCGAUCAGAACCGACAGGUCGAGACACGCCUUUGCCUCCUACUCCACGUGACGGGAAGAGCGUAGAAGCAGCUCGCGAGACUAUGUUUUCCCCUGAGCCAAACAGUCCUGACGGCAAGAAGCACAAGAAACUUCAUAAAGAGGACAAAAAGCCCAAAUCGAGCGGCUUCAAAAAGCUGUUUGGCAGGAAUAAGAAUCGCCAAUCUAAGCUGCCCGAGAACGCUGCCGCAGAUGUGAACAGUAUGUUAGCGGCUCACUCUCAGGCCCAGAGGGUACAAACUCCGGUAGCGGCGCAGACACCUGUAUCAGAACCAAUUGCAUCUCCAGACCUCAAAUCUCCCGCCGAGCGCCAGGAAGAUAAAACACCGACGCAAUCUCCAGUAACGCCGGUACGUCCCAGUCAAGGGUAUGAGCCGUCAAUCGACGAAAAUCUAUCUCGUGUUGAUACUACGGACGCCACAGAAGCCCGCAAUGAGUUUUCCCGCUUCGAUCAGGGACCUCUCCUUGACCAACCUGCUUUUGUUCCCGAUGAUGGCCAAAGUGUGGAUUCUGCCGCGCCGCCGCCCAUUGCUAGACAUUCUAAUCGCCACCCUGCGCUGGAUGACGACGAUGACGACGACGACGAAGCGGGAGCGCCAUCGCCAACAGUUCCCAUGCAGGACCGAUGGGCAGCCAUCAGAAAGAACGCAGCCGAGCGUGUCAAUCGACAAAGUGAAGAGCAGAGCCGAGGUGCAUACAGUAAGACUACGGACGAUGGCGAUGACACCAGUGGCAGUGGCGAAGAGACAAUUGAGUCUCGUGUGGCUCGUAUUAAGGCUCGCGUUGCGGAGCUGACAGGUAACAUGGAAAACGGCAGCGGUCUUGGAACUCCCCCCAGUCGCCGUUAGGAGCAGCGCUUUAGAUGACGACUUGGCUACGAUACAAACGGAUAUCCGCAUUAUGAAUUCGCCUGCAUCUAUACGCCUGGAGUUGCUUCGGGCACGCUCUUAACUUCAGUACUGCUCGGCAAAACAAAGCCGAUCAUUCGUUAAUAUUUGGCUUUUAAGCGCCUUUCGUAUUUCGAUGAUACCAUUAGAACAUGCCAUUCCAUUUUUCUUUCGUAGCCAGGACCAAAACCAGACGAGUAGGGGAAGAUUUAGU